AUGGACGAUUCGAAUACCCCCGCGCCGCAGCAGAAGCGCCAGCGCGUUUCUGAAGAGAAUCGCAAACGAGCGGUCAGAGCGUGUGAUGGAUGUCGCAGAGUAAAAGAGAAAUGUGAAGGAGGAGUCCCGUGCCGCAGAUGUCUUCGUUAUCGCCGGCAGUGCAAUUUUACGCACAUAGACCCCAAUGACAAGACCCGAGCAUCACCUGUUUCACUUCUUGACCGAGCAGCCUCUCAUAGUCAACAUGAAAUUGCUGAAGCAGAGCGUGUGCGCUAUAUGGAACGUAUAUUGUCAUACUAUGCACCCGGCCUCUCAUUCGACAUUCAAUCAUUACGCCAGACUGCCGAGGACCUUCAAACCAAACACCGCGAUUUUGAAUCCGAUGCGCAUUCUACAAAAGUCGAUGCCAAUGAAUUGGAGGACUUGGCUCUUGAUGAGGAAGAUUUCGUUAUAAAGGCACUUCCGGAUAAUACCACCCAGUACUCUGGUGAAUUUUCAUAUUUAAAUUUCUCUAUGAAAAUUAGGAAGAAAAUCGACGAAUGGAUGAAGACCGCAGCGCCAGAGGCGUCCGCCGAAGCCGAACCAUUUGAGGAACGUUGGCGAGCUACUCAGCUUCAAUCGGGAUCAUCUUCAGUGGCAAACUCCAUCACAUGCCUUCCACCUCGCUAUGUAGCAGAAUUUCUGGUCCAGAUUUUCUUCAAAUAUGCACAAACAAACAACUGGUAUAUUGAGGAGGACUGGCUGUGCGACAAGCUCAAUAUCUGCUACACAAAUCCAGCAAGCCUGUCAACGGAUGACUCAGGCGCAGUAUGCGCUAUUCUAAUGGUCUUGGCCGUGGGCACACAAUUUGCUCAUAUGGAAUCACCUACGCCUGUCAACUGCUUGCCUCAGGAGUCUGCGGCUAACCAGGAUCACCACUUCUCGGAGGACGAGGUGGGUUUAACAUUUUACCAGUUUGCAUCAAAGCUAUUACCGGACAUCAUUGCAACUGCCUCUGUACGGAGUGUUCAGGCCUGUCUUCUUAUCGGAACGUAUCUGCUUCCCUUAGACACCUCUGGGUUGUGCUACACAUACUUUGGACUAGCCCUCAAGCUGGCUAUUCAGAAUGGGAUGCAUCGGCGGUACCAUGGAGAAGGAUUGUCAUCCCGAAUGGUGGAAACACGCAAUCGGGUCUUCUGGACAGCCUAUACUAUUGAAAAGCGUAUCAGCAUUCUUCACGGAAGACCAGCUUCUCUAGCAGAUGCAGACGUGGACGCACCGCUUCCCGUCGAUUUCCCUGGGUUAAUGCCAGCAACGCAGCCUUCUAACCAUACCAACAUGGUGACAUUGAUCACCUUGACACUUAAACUUGGGCAGGUGUCUAAUGAAAUAUCCUCACUUCGAACAUGUCGAAAGGGACAGCAACAAGAUUGCUUAGAGCGACUGCUCAAUAUUCGGAAGCAUUUAAUUGAGUGGUGGUCCACACUACCUGAAGAAACAAACUGUCGCGACCUUAAUCCCAAUGGCCCUCUAUUUCGGUCUAACGUUCAUCUCAAACUUGAUUAUUGUUUGACUCGAAUCUUCAUUGGGCGACCAUUUCUUUUUAGCAAUAUCAGAGCCCUUCAGCAAACGCCAACCCAAAUGCAAGCACCCAAAGGACCAUCUGGGAUUUCGAAACAUCGAACCACUUUGGUCACAGACUGUGUGGAAGCAGCAUUGGAGAUCAUCGAUCUGUGCCGUCUUCUUCGGGAUGAGACCGGACUUGCCCGCGCUUCAUUCACUGAAUUUAGCUCCUGCCGUGCAGCACUUUUGGUUAUAUUGGCCCAGGGUUUGACCAAGCGUACUGAACGACUUGGUGCAGCCUUAGAACAGGGCAUAUCCUUGAUCAAGAUCAUGUCUAUGGGUGUCGGAUCCGCCCGCUCCGCCGUCAGUGUCAUAGAAGCCCUCGAGCGUGCUAUUCGCCGUCUCGAAAUGUGGAGCGAAUCCCAGCAAGCGCAAAGCAACGGUGGCUCCCUCGAGUCGGCAUAUGAUCGCUUCAAGAACUGGGAAAUGCUAUGGAAGACUGGACCUGUAUCACCUGCAACCGCUUCAUCUUGGAAGCAGCAAGAGUCGUAUGCCGUCAACGACCUUGGUAUCCCGCAGGAUAUGACUUCUCACGCCCCUGCUCCACUUGGUAUCGAUCCCGUUGUCUCUGGUAUGCCUAUUACGCCUUCUACCGGUGCUAUGCAACUUAGCACGAAUGGAAUAGAUCCUUCCAUGGGAGGACCUGAUCAUGAACUUCUGGACGAUGGUAUUCCCGACAGCGGUAUCUCUAAUCCGGAUCACUUCUCUUUAUCACAUCAAUCACUUUCACAAAUGCCUCAUUUUGGUUUCGAUCAUUUUGUCUCGAAUUUCCCUCAGGAACUUGGGGAGUUCACUGCAAUUCCUUGUUUUGAACCUGAUAACCAAGGUAACCCUUCUGGGAUGACUGGCGCGGAGCUGAAAACCCCGACGGGUAGUGCAGACUCACCGUGGUUGCAGUUCAUGCAUGAGUGA